AUGGCUGAAUCCCUCACACAGGCUCCUGAACCGGCCUGCCCUCCAAGCCCGGCCUCCAGGUCUUUGAAUGGUCGUGGCUCCAACUCUGCGACCCCAACCCCGAGCUCGAUUUCGUUCUUUUUGAAAUCCGACGACCUGAAAAACGAGCGCAACCUAUCAUCCAUCGCGAACGCGGGACUGAACGUCACCUCCACGUCCCUAACUGAGAGAAAUAAGCGGUUAUCCCCGCCCUCAAUGACGUCUACAGGUCAACGCACAGAGGAGGAACAGGCUCAGCGUCAGGGCAGUAAUCCACUGUCCGCCAGGAGGACGCCAGAAAUAACGGUUGUGGAUGAAGGCCGUGAUCGCCAUCCUGUUCGCUCCAGACGGUCAUCUAAACCUACCCUGUCAGAGGAAAUACAAUCUCGCAGAAGCCCGUCCAGCGCAGCGGAUAACUUUGGCAAUGGAGACAAUCCACCCACGCUCAUGAACAGCUCGACGGUCGCCAGCCCGGGCCCCAUAGAGGAACCCAAUCCGCUAGAUGAUAAACCGCAACAGCGAGACGAGAUGGAAGAAGCUGGCAACAAAUCGUACUCCUAUCCUGUUCCCAUGCCGGCUGCUGGUGGCUUAAAUGACCCUCGGCGCGGGAUGAGUCUCCCGCAUUCUGGACUCAACAGAUCCGGCGCACGUUCUCCGUCUUCGAAGAAACAGCAUCGAUGCCCAUAUUGCGCUACCGAAUUCACCCGUCAUCAUAAUUUAAAAAGUCAUCUUCUCACCCACAGUCAAGAGAAGCCAUACGUCUGCCAAACAUGUCAAUCUCGAUUUAGGCGCCUACAUGAUCUAAAACGUCACACAAAACUACAUACUGGCGAGAGACCGCAUAUAUGUCACAAGUGCGGCAGACGGUUUGCCCGUGGUGAUGCACUGGCCCGACACAACAAGGGACCCGGCGGCUGCGCUGGCAGGCGGUCUAGCAUGGGCAGUUUUGCCGGUGAAGAUGAAUUUGCUGAUAAUAAUGCUGGGUCCGGUCCAGUAGCAGAAGACGGGAUGGAGGGACUCAUGUAUACGGAACCAGAUCGGAUGGACGAAGAAGACGAAAUGCGCCUGAAUCUCCCUUCCAUCAAGAAAGAUAACCCUUCAGAUCAGUCUCAACCGGGUUCUGCACGCCACGUCUCCUUCCAGCAGUCCCAUCAAUCAAAUACCUACCCACCACUCGCGGCCACUCGAGUGCAGCAAACUGCCAGCGGUAGUAGUGGAGGAGGCGGAGGCGGUGGUGGAGGUGGAGGUGGAGGCGGCCUCUUCCCUCCUGUUAGCACCCAUCAGCGCUCUAAUUCAUCCGCGUCCUCGAUAUCUCAGUCCACUUCCCAUCUCUCAUUCGCGCCCGGCGCCUCAUCGCCAUCCAUGUUUGCGCAAUCAGGUAUGACCGAAUCCCCCAAACCGCUCUCUCCCAACAGCGCGGCCUCUCGUCAACUCGGCCACGGCCCCGAAAACCCUUUCCGCCAAACCCACUCCCCUAAUCUCCCACAAUAUCACUCUCAAAUGCGCAAUGGCUCUACAGGAUUAGGCAUACCCUUCUCAUCCGUCUCAUCACCAGGUGGCUCGCUAAGCCAUCCCGGCUCGCAAGCAGGAACUCCACACCUUCCACCGCCGCCUGGUCUCAACCCUCCAGAUUCCCGCUUCACUCUACACUCCCAGCAGCAGCAACAACAAGGUCCCCAUCACCCCAACCGCGCCGGCUCUAACCCGCCGCUCCAACAUCCGCAUCACCCCCCUCAUCCCUCGUCGAGCAUCGACAGUAACGUGGCGCCCAGCUCCGGCACCAACAGCGGAAAUAGUAGUUAUACCAGUGCCCCAUCCAGUGAGGGGUUCAACGUGAACGGCUCUCUUGCGAACAUAUCAGGAGCGUCCUAUUUCACUCAUUCGCCGCAUUCACGGGGACCAAACGAUCAGCCCACACGGCAACUAUCGAUUCCCAGCCCGAACCCAAAUCUACCGUCGUCCGAUCGAAUAUGGGGAUAUAUGCGAGCGCUCGAAGAUAGGGUUAACGGACUAGAAAAUGAAGUGGUCAGGUUACGUGGACAGUUAAGCAAUGCUACAAGUAGCGAGGAAAACCAGGAUAAAAACACAAGAGCCAGCGGAAGUGGUGGGAAAAUUGAGAUGUCUAGUCCUAACCCACAUACACUACCUACGCCGGUGUCGAGUGCUGGUCCCAUGGGAACAACUACAGCUCCGCAGACAGGUAGUGGUGCAAGCUCGAGCGGAGGAAACGGGUCGAGCACCCCGAAACCUGCGAAUGGAGCUUGA